CCCUUGUUCUUCACGUCCCAGAUAAUACUGUACAUCGCCAUGACAAGCAGUUCCAGCAGCCUGCUGCAAUACUCCCAUGUGGUCCUUACCUGUGGCGGCACCGACAUGCCCUCCAUCACAUCGCUGGAUCCCAUGACGCAGCACUUGCUGGGGCAAGAGGUGUUUCAAUACGACUUUAGCAAAGAACGAUCGCUCGUCGAGUCGUCCCGCAGCCGACGAAUGUCCCAGGAUAAUGCGUCCCCGAACGACGAAGAGCUUGCCAAGACAGGCAUGGCGAUACUAAAUAUGGUAGAUCACCACGCCGCGUCUGCAUCCCCCGAGAAAGGCCACCGGGAUUCCCUGGAUCGUCGAAACAGCGCCGACGACGUCGCCGCCGCCAUCGCCGCCUCGCUCAAAGAGUAUUGAUAAACCAUCAUCACAUAUUCGAAGUACAUUAUCGUGUUGGAACGCAC